CUUCCUGCUUUGCGGCGUGAAAGCUCUCAAGUCUCAACUGCAGCUUGAGAACACGAAGAGACGAUAAGCAGAGCCUUAAACAACUCUACAGGGGGCUCCGUACCGUGCAGAUGAGAGCGAAAGUCGAAUACAGUCAACGGUCUGUAAACCUUGUCACUCCAACUCGAUUCAUUGAAUCAGCUCUCACAACGGCGGAGAAAACAUGGUGCACGUAUACAAUUGCCACCCUUACGCCUCACAGCAGAUAGUACAGGUGGAGCAGGAGCCUGUGUUGGUCUGCUGUGGAGGCGGUGCCUUGUUUGUGGUCACCACUGGAGGAUGCAAGGUGGAAGCCUACAAUCUGGAGCAGGAAGGCUGCCCUCUUAUCUGUCGCUUCGCUACCAUGGGCACUGUGAGGAGCAUCGUGCACAGUGACAUCGGAGACUACCUGGUCAUCGUUGAGGAAAAGAACAGUGACACCUACCUGAGAGCCUAUACCAACUGGCGUUACCAGGCUGAGGAAAAGGCUCGUGUUGGUGUACGCUUGUUGGGCCACCUGCUUCGAGGGGCGUCUCAACGGGGCGGAGUACAGAUGGAGAUCAUUGAGAUUCCUUUAUCGGACCAUCCUGUUGCUGUUGCGUGUUGUUCAGUUACAGGUGACCUCCUGGUCGGGUGUGACAAGACUCUGGUUCUGUUUACUUUGAGAAGACCGAACCAUCAAAACGUGCAGAACAUACAACACCCUUCAAAAACCCAGCAGAGCUCCAGUCAGAGUCCAGAGAACACUUCAAACCAAAACUGUUCCUUUAUGGACUUUGAACGCUCUGUCAUCCUGCAUCUUCCGGGAACUAACCCUAAACAGGUGGCACUCUGUGCAGGAUAUGUAGCUGUGCAAGCUGACCUGGAGGUGCUGGUCCUGAAACUGGAUGCUAAGUAUGAGCCAAAAGACCUGGAACUGGAGGAGUCAUCCGAGGCACCAAAAGAUGAUCAAGCUGAGGACCAGGCUGACUUCCUGCUCCUUCCAAGACACCAGGAGUUGCUCGGUGAACGAGCUAAAAAUUGCGAUAUCUCUGUCAGCAUCGAGAAAACAGGGCUGGAGGAUAGAGGACAAAACACUGUCUCCUAUGUCCUGUUCAGGCGUUUCACUCCAGAUUACUUUCAGGGCUGCAGUGUAGAAGAGACACACCUUCACUCCCUGAAACUCCAACCAUUAUUUACAAGGUGCCAGUCUCGGGUUGAAGAACCAACUUGUGUGUUCUGCUUCUUCUCCCUUCCCACCACUGGCUACCUGUACAGUCUGAAAGGUGGAGUUGAGCUUCUCUCAACAUAUCAAUAUCCAGAGAAGGUCUUGGAAGCAGUGCUGACAGACUACCUGCUACAUGUCAUUACCAAGAGUGCGCUGCAGUGCUUCACAGUGCGUUGUGCAGCAGUUGCAGCCAGAUUUGAGGACCCCUACAUCGAUACUACAAUGAGGGCUUGUCCACCCUGCGGGCUUGAAGUGUGUGCCCUCAGGAUGCAGCUGUUUAUUGGCCUUCGCUCUAUGUGUGUGUACGGCCGUCACAUCAUCCUAUUCUCUACCGCUGACACUGAGACACCGGAGGAGACUGAACGCAGUGUACAGCGCAGAGGCCUCAUGUUGAAAGAACACAUCAUGCUGACUGGCAUUUUCCUGGCGGUGGGAAUCGAUCCCACAGCCACGGCAGCUCUGGAGAGCCUGCUAUCACGUCGCUUCCUGAGCAGGAAGUGGACAACGUCUGUUCCCAAGGAGACCAGCGCUGUAGGACAUGGAUGGAACCUCUAUGUGGUUGAUACAGUCCCUCCACUCACUCUUUACCAAGAGAUGGUUGAAUAUAGCGAGCAUUAUGCACAGCACAACCAGCAUGCCCAGAGUCUUUGGCACCUUCUCAGUGAAGCUCACCUACUCCUCCGUGCGGCCUUGAUCCAGUCUUCACAACUGCAGGGCUGCAGCAAAAGUGGUCCCGCAGACAGCCAUCUUGAGAGACAGUUCAUUGUUCAGACUCACAGACCAGAGAUGGACGAGGCAUUCAGGGAGAACUGUGCACAGCUGGGAGACUGUUUCAGCAGGGGAAGCCAGAGACACUGUCAUCAGGCGUUGCCAUAUUACAGAAUGUCCGGCCUGUCAGUCAUUGAUGUCAUGGCCAGGAACCACCCCCUUCCAAGCAGCCCUCACUCCUACGGCCCAGGCUUUUUGUUUUACCUGAAGCAUUACCUUUUGGAAGAGACUGACCAGCAUCUCAGUCAGGAAGCAGCGGAUGAGGUGAUGGACAUUUUUAGCCAAUCAGAACCCUCCCAGCUCAUCAGUGUGUGCGCCAGCCCCACCAUGACAAACGUCAACCCUGCACGGACACUUCGAAUCUUGCAAAAUCUAGAGGACAGCGCGGGCGUGUCUGUUGCGCUGACAAUCACCAUGGCAACCAUGCUGCUGCGUUUGGACGAUCUGCCACAGUACUCACAGCUAAUGGAGAGACAUGCCGAGAUGCUGUUGGUGUACGGCUUCAUUGAGGAGCCAAGGCUGUUGCUGCAUGGAGGAUGUGGAGGCCAGCACAUAAACACCUGUCCCACAGCGUUAACCCAACAGAUGGCAAAGUCCCAGCCUGGCUUGCUGAUGGCUGCCAUGGUGGCUCUGCAUGAGAACAACAAAGUUCAUCUUGAACAAGUGGAACAUAUGUUUCAGGUGCUGGGCUGUGAAUACAGCUUACAGGUGGAUUUCUGGGAGGCCAUGCUUAUGGCCUCAUCACACGAAGCUGUCAUUCAAGAGCUUCUGUUCAGAUUGUCUUCUGUCUACAUCGACCGACUUAUACACACAAACACAGACAAACGUCUGCACGAACCUCCAGCACACAGGUCACUAAAGAGUGCAGAUGAUCUGAUCAAUUCCUGCUCCCAUUAUGGGCCUUUGUAUCCAUGGCUGACUGUUCUUAGUCCACCUCACAGUACCAGCUUCCAACACCAGGAGGCGUUGCACAAGAUGCAGUCGCUCCUAUGUGGACCAUCCUUGUUUGUGGGCGCAGUGACGCCGUUGUUGGAAAGUUUGUCAGACAAACCAUUAUGGGGCUUCAGCUUGCACCUUCUCUGUGCCACCAGAAGAGGGCAAUAUGACUGCGGGAUUGAAGAGCUUCUGGACCGAUGCCCCCAAGCAAUUAUAGCCUACGCCAAUCACCACUUGCAAGAUCAAUACAUGGAUUUAUGGUGGCAGAAGCUGCUCCCAGAACUCUGCAAUCGGACAAGAAUUGCAACAGACAACAGCAUUCUGUUGGCUGCUCUCAAAGAGACGCUGGUUGUGGUUGCCAUGGAGACAAGUCCUACACAGUUCCUGGAUCUGAUACCUGAUGACGGCACAGCUUCGUACUUCUUACCUCACUUGUUGACCUGCAGCCAGAGACACUUAUUGGCCUAACACACACACACACACACACGUUACAAUUCUAUACAAUAAACAGGGUAAUAUACAGGAAAAGAUAUUGCUUAUUAGGGGUUGAAUGACUAGAUAUUUUCUGUAAGCGACUAUAAUGUGAUGAAAGUCAUGUUGAAGUUGGUUAAUAGAUGACGUCAUUGAUAUAUUUUUAGCACAGUAAGGCGUUCCCCAACCUUUUUUGCACCACGACUGAUUUCAUGUAAAGACAUAUUUCGGCUCAGAAACAACAAAUGAUUAAAAAUCCAAAUCACCAUUACGCUAAAUAUACAAUGAAGGAAAUAAUUAUUUGAUCCCUCACCGAUUUUGUAAAUUUACCCACUGACAAAGACAUGAACGGUUUGUAUUUUUAAUGGUAGGUCUAUUUUAACAGGAAGAGACAGAAUACCAAAAAGAAAAUCUAGAAAAUCACGUAAGAAAAAAGAUUCAAAUUAUUUAGCGAUUCGUUGAUGGAAUUAAUUAUUUGACCCUCUAUCAAACAUUACUUGGUGGAGAACCCCUUGUUGGCCAGUACAGAGGUCAGACGUUUCUUGUAGUUGAUCACCAGGUUUGCACACAUUUCGGGAGGAAUUUUCGACCACGCGUCUUUGCAGAUCCUCUCCGAAUCCUUAAGGUUUUGAGACUAUGCCUUGGCAGCUCGAAGCUUCAGCUCCCUCCACAGGUUUUCUAUGGGAUUUAUGGCUGUCGACUGGCAUGGCCACUCCAUGGCCUUAAUAUGUUUCUUCUUUAGCCACUCCUUUCUUGGUUGUGUACUUUGGGUCAUUGUUGUGCUGGAAGCUCCCUCCACGACACAUUUUACAUUUUCUGGGUGAGAGAAGGAGGUUGCGGUGACGUUGACCUGUCCCCGUUUGCAGAGAAACACCCUUAAAGCAAAAUUCUUCCACCUCCAUGCUAGACUGUGGCGAUGGUGUUCUUGGGGUCAGAGUCUGACUUCCUCUUUCUCCAAACACAGCGAAUAAAAUUGAUUCCAAGCAGUUUGAUUUUGGUGUCAUCUGACCAAAUCAACUUCUCCAGGUCAUCCAUCCUCAAUACUGCUUAUUCUGUUCAGGGUUGCUGCAGUCUAUCCCAGCUGACUUCAGGCGAAAGGGGGACUACACCCUGAACUGGUCGCCAGACAGUCGCAGGGCACAUAUGGGAACGGACAACUAUUAGCACUCACAUUCACACCAUCACUGAGUGGGAACUGAACUCACGACUUUACAGGCGCUGCAGUAUUUUAAUCCAUUACGGUGUAGUGUUUUAUCUGUGUUUGUCUUGGUGAUUGUGGUCCCACUUGCCUUGAGAUCAUUAACAAGCCCCUCCCAUGUAAUUCUGGACUGAUGCCUAACCUUUCUCAUGAUCAUUGAUACUCCCCACAAGGUGAAAUCUUGUGUGGAGCCCCAGACUGGGAGAUUGGCAGUCCUUGUGUUUAUUCCAUUUUCUAAUUAUUGUUGUCUCCUUCUCACCCAGCCUCUUGCCAAUGGUUUUGUAGCCCAUUCCAGCCUUGUGCAGGUCUACAGUCUUAUUGUCCCUGACGUCCUUAGAAAGUUCUUUGGUCAUGCCCUUGAUGGAGAAGGUUGUGUCUGAUUGAUUGGUUGUGUGGCCAGGUGUCUUUUAUACAGGUAACAAUUUGAGAGAGAUGUCUUUUAUACAGCGAACGAGUUUAGAUUAAGAGUACUUUCUUAAAGUGCGAGGACUAAUCUGUGGGAGCCAAAAUUAUUUGUCAAUAGAGGGUCAAAUACUUAUUUCCCCCAAUGAAAUAUAAAUACAUUAUAUUUUUUGUGAUUUUCUGGAUUUUCUUUUAGAUAUUCCGACUCUCAUUGUUAACAUAAACCCACCAUUAAAAUUAUAGACUGCUCAUGUCUUUGUCAGUGGGUGAACCUACAAAAUCAGUGAAGGACCGAAUAAAUAUUUCCCUCACGGUAGUUGUUGUAAUUAGUGGGAACCCAGUGCAUGUUUUUCUCUUCAGCGAGCCAGCCGGUCUCACCUUGUGUUCCAUAGCAUAGCUGUUCUGAGAUGGGACACUGUAGCCAGGUUCCAAAAAUGUUUUACCUUUUCUGUUUCACUAGUUGAAGAUAGACUUGCAUUUACGCUUAAAGCACAGUAUGGCUGCCAUAUGCCGUACUGCGACAAUUGUUACAGCACUUUGUCGUAAAGCGACAAGUGUCAUUAGGUUGCUUGUGUUUUGUGAUAUGAGUAAAGUUCUCGUUAUGACACAGUUGUUGUCCACGGAUGAUUGGACAUUAUUGAAGAUGGAGCGUCACUUUGCACCGAUGCCUUUUGUUUGUUGCCGCCAGUCCUUUGGUCCCGAUGGCAUGAAUACAGUAAUCCCUUGCUGUAUCCUGGUUCAGUGCAUCACAAAUUUGUAUUUAUUUUUAUGUAGUUAUUUUAAAAGGUCACUGUAGUGCAUCUACUCACCUGCACAUCUCAGAUACCGCUAGCCUUAUUGGCUAUAUGAUUUUAAUGUGGCAGCAAUGACUCACAUAACGUCAAUUGGGCCUUUUCUUAACGGAUAAAGACAUCUCACUGAGUAAUAUCAACUCAUACAUUUGGUAAUUCACCAAACUGCUUGAGGAUACAAAGAACAUGGCCGGAAAAAGUCACUGUUUAAAACACAUGGCAAGGCAAAUUUAUUUGUAUCGUGCAUUUCUCGUACAAGGUAAGUCAACGUGCUUUACAUGAUCAAAAACAUUUGAAAACAAAGUAGAAAAAAUUAAAAGACCGCUUGAAAAAAAAAAUGUCGUACAGGGCAAGAGAAAUCAUUUAAGAAAUGGAAAUAGUCUAAAAUGCCCAAUCAUAAGCAUGAGAAAAAAAUAAUAGUUUUUAGCCUGAAAUUAAAAACCUUGACACAGGGGGUUGACUUCACUUCUCUUGGCAGCUUAUUCCAUUUGUGUGCAGCAUAACAGCGAAAUGCUGCAACACUUAUUUUGCUUUGGACUCUGUGCUCCACCAUCUGACCUGAGUCUGUAGAUCUUAGAGCCCUAUUGGUUUUACAAUCCAUAAGCAUUUCUUUCAUGUUUUGAGGACCUAAACUAUUUAUUCAUUUAUAGACCAGUAGCAGAACUUUGAAGUCAAUUAUAUAGCUGACUGGGAGCCAAUGUAGAGACUUUAGAACUGGAGUAGUGUGUUCUGAUUUCAUAGUUCUGGUCAGAACCCGAGCUGUAGCUGUUUAAUGCUCUUUUUGGGGAGUUCAGUCAAAAAAACAUUACAAUAGUAAAUUCGACUUGAGAUAAAAGCAUGGAUGAGCUUCUCCUGGUCUGCUUGGAACCUGCAAGCCUUCACUCUAGAUAUGUUCUUCAGCUGCUAGAAUGCUGUUUUACUGAUGGGAUUUGAUAUGACUGCUGAAAGUCAGAUUGGAAUCUAUCAGCACAUCAAGGUUUUGCACUUGGUCUGGGGUUUUUAAAGAGAAGUAUUUCCUAACAGCAGCCUUCUUAACUGCCAAAAACAAUUACCUCGGUUUCAUUGAAGGAAAUUUUGGUUCAUCCAUUUAUUUGUUUUAGACAGUGACACAAGCCACUGUCCAAGUUUUAUAAAACCAAUCUUAAACCGAUAAAUAGCUAAUGCACACGUACGAAUAUCGACAGGAUUAAAUGCAUGUCAUGAUUUUCUAUAACUACAGUACUGUAGUUAAAAACAUCACCGCAGUGAAUUAUAGGUUCCCAUAAGGUUUUUUGCUAACUACAUUGCCAGAACCUGUCACGGUGAGAAACGUUGCCACUGUAUAAGGCAUGACAUCGCCUGUUCCCACCACGGCCACAUGGGCUGUUGUUCACUUUGCUGAAGCAGAGCACGAAUGCAUACAGUAGGCCUUUGUAGAGUGUGUGGGUGGUGACCUCAAGUGGACAAAGAAAAUACCUGCACCUCAAUAAAGUAUCCCAUAUUGGCACUGGAUUGCAUAUAUGAAACAUAAAUGUAUACAAUAAUGAAAAAAUUGAACUCUACAUCACAGAUGUCACAUAUUGCAGGUUUUUUCUGGAACGUAACACCCGCAAAGAAUAAUUUAUUCGGACUUUUAAGACGAGCUACAAUCAGAAUGGGCCAAGCUAGGGAGGCUAACCAAAAUGUAGCCCUAUGGGGGGCACAAGUCAGUGCAAACUGUAGGCCGGUCCCAAGCCCGGAUAAAUGCAGAGGGUUGCGUCAGGAAGGGCAUCCGGCUUAAAACCUUGCCAAACAAAUAUGAGCGUUCAUCCAAAGAAUUCCAUACCGGAUCGGUCGUGGCCCGGGUUAACAACGUCCGCCACCGGCGCCGUCAACCUGCGGGGCGCCGUUGGAAAUUCAGCUACUGUGGGUCGAAGUCAAAGAAGAAGAGGAUGUGGAAAGCGGGUUCUUCGGCAGAAAGAGAAGAGGAAAACACAGAGCCUAGAACUGAAUGUGGGGACUUUGAAUGUUGGGACUAUGACAGGAAAAUCUCGGGAGUUGGUUGACAUGAUGAUUAGGAGAAAGGUUGAUAUAUUGUGUGUCCAGGAGACCAGGUGGAAAGGCAGUAAGGCUAGAAGUUUAGGGGCAGGGUUUAAAUUAUUUUGCCAUGGUGUAGAUGGGAAGAGAAAUGGAGUCAGGGUUAUUUUAAAAGAAGAGUUGGCUUAGAAUG